AUGUCUUUCUUCGGUAGCAGAAAGGUGCCUCCGCCGCCUCCCGUUGUACCUCCGCCUGUCCCGCGCUCCGGUCCCGAAAUCGAUGCGACGACGGUGAUAUCGCUCUUGGCUGUACUCGCUCUCCUCGGUGGCGCUUACGGUGCAUCGAUAAAAGUCCUACCAAAGACUACCGUCCUCAAAACACGCGUACUUUUCAUCUGGCAUCUCUUCGAUGCUCUGAUCCACUUCGUCUUUGAAGGCUCCUUUCUUUACAACUGCUUCUUCGUCACAUAUUCGUUGCCCACCUCUUUUUCCGCUGCAUCACGCAAUCACCCUCAUAUCACUCUCUUUACUCCUCCGGAUGUGUAUUGGCUGGGCAGGCAGGAUCUUCUGUACGGGGCGAACUACGGGACCGGUCCAUUCAGUCGACUGUGGCAGGAGUAUGCGAAGGCGGAUAAGCGAUGGGGUGGUACGGAUCUAACGGUCGUGGCUCUCGAGAUUCUGACUGUGUUCGUGGCUGGGCCUUUGGCAUGCUGGAUAUGCUAUCUCCUCACAAAAGACGAGAAGAAGGGUGCGUUGAGGAAGUGGUUUUGGAUGAUAGUCCUGGCCACAGGGGAGAUAUACGGAGGCUGGAUGACUUUCGCGCCUGAGUGGCUGACCGGAAGCCCCAAUCUCGACACCAGCAACUGGAUGUACCUCUGGCUUUACCUCGCUUUCUUCAACGGCCUGUGGGUCGUCUUUCCGCUCUGGAUCUUAUACGAGGCAUACAAAGCUAUGAGCUCAGCCAUGUCGCAGGCCGAAAUGGUUGACCUGGUCAACUACCUCAAAAAGGAUGAUUAA